GGAGUUUAGCCGAGCACUUCCGACCCGCGGUCUCAGGCCGUAUCUGACCGCGAAAGUCGAGGGUACAAGAGGACAGUCAUGUGCAAGGAGGAUGGAAGGCAAUGGUGGUGGUGCUGCCCUACAAACCGGCGGUCCCAAACCAAAAGGCAAGUGCCUCUGACCCAGGCCUGGUUUCCCAACUUGCUUAUUCACCCGACACACACCAACCAGACACAAACAAACAUCUCUCUCUGACCUCCCCAGACAACAGACAAGCGCGACCCGCCCAAGAGCCCUCGUAUCCACUACUCCGAAUGCGACACCCCUGAUCCACCCCGAUAAAGUGGGUCGGCCACCCGGACCGUGGGAAGGAGGGAAGAAAAAAAAACAAAAAAAAGAAAAUUCGAGCAUCGCCCUCUCAU